AUGAAUCUCCUCUUGUCGCUAAUUGGGCUGGGUGCACUGGCUGUGUUCCUCACCUACAGAUACUUGAUCUACCCGAUCUUCUUCUCUCCUCUGUCGAAAAUACCAACACCAAACCCACUGUGCUACAUCACUGACCACUUCAGUCGGUACCUUUCAUGGCGCGAACAGGAGUUCGACUGGCUGCUGAAAUAUCAUCGCCAAUAUGGCCCUCUUAUCCGCAUUGGACCGACAUCAGUCAGCGUCAAUUCGGUUGAAGGCUUGCGACAAGUUUACACCUCUCUCGAAAAGCACCCAUUCUAUGCGCAGUUCACAAAUUACAAUGGUAUGCCCAACAUGUUCGCCACGGUCGAUCAUCAGCGACAUUCGGUACAGAAAAGGGUUCUCUCGGGCAUCUACGCCAAGUCUUAUCUGCAGCGAUCAGAGGACAUCAAGUCGAUCUCACAAGACGUAUUCGACCAACGACUUACCCCUGUUUUGGGGCACCUUGCCGAUAUCCAACGUCCCGUAAACGUCUUUGAGUUGUUUCAGUUCGUGGCCAUCGACUUCUACUCCGCCUACGCUUUCGGUCUCGACAGAUCAACACAUCUCACCGAAAAUCAUGGCCACGAAAACCGUCCGUACCACGCCGCCGAUUCGCGAUACAUCUACGAGAGCAAAGAUCGUAGAGAUCAUAGCUGGUUCCCUGAAGACGAAUGUCUUGCAUUAUGCAGAGCCACAGCCAAAGGCAUCGACGAGAAGCAACCUGCCGGCUCGACGCCUCCCAUCAUCUUCGAAAAGAUGUAUUCAUCUCUAUCCGCUCAGAACCCGCCUUUACCACACGAUACAAUCCUCCUCACAUGCGCCAGCGAGCUCCGCGAUGAACUCAUAGCCUCCCAAGAAGGCAUCGCAAUAACCCUUACCUACGCCAUGUACCACCUCUCCAAAUCGGCCCACCUCCAAUCCCGCCUGCGUGCAGAGAUCGCAUCUUCGACCGACAUAAACGACCUCUCAUCCCUCCCCCUCCUCAACGCCCUUAUUCACGAAACCCUCCGCCUCCACGCACCCGGCGCCGGCCGCCAGCCACGCCUCUCCCCACCCAGCGGGCUAACCCUCCACAACCACUACCUCCCCCCAAACACCUCCAUCUCAUCAUCCAGCUACGUCCUCCACCGCACCUCGUCCGUCUACCCAGACCCAGAAACGUUCAAUCCAGAUCGCUGGCUCGACGCGAGCGAGGAGAUGAAGCGCUGCUGGUGGGGUUUCGGCAGUGGAGGGAGAAUGUGUAUUGGGAAUCAUUUUGCGGAGAUUAUCAUACGAAGGGCGCUGGUCGAGGUUUAUGGGAGGGUUGAGACGUGGAUUGUUGAUGAGAAGGGGAGCGAGCAGACGAAGACGUUUCUGGCGGGGCCGAGGGGUAGAAGGUUGGUUUUGGGGGUGGGGAGGGCGAAGGGACAGUAG